CCCCAGGCUCAGGACUCGAGUUUACUGACCAAUAGAGGAGUUACUGAAGCAUCGUCAAGGGCCCAGGUCAUAGAGACACGGCGGCCAAAGCAUCAAUCUCCACGCUCAGUGCGUUUCAGCUCAGACGACACUUCAGCGCGCGCAUACACACUCCCACUGCAUUUCAAAUCGCAUACAAAAAAGGAGACCCUUCGCAACAGCGAUAAGGCGCUGGGCCUGCCUAUCAACCAGAGGGCAUGUCAGUCACUGCUGUCAUCCCAUGCUAUGGUAUCAGGCAUGACGUGCAAGAGCUGUACAAGCGCCAUUGAAUCCGCACUAGGCGCACUCCCAGGCGUUCAACACGUCGCCGCCUCUCUGACAGACGAACAAGUCAGCGUCACCCAUCACAGUGAUAAAGUGAAUCGCGCGCGCCUUGUUGAAGCUGUAGAAGAUGCAGGCUUUGAAACGACGCGCUUAGAGGAACAGGAGAAGGAUCACGGCGACACGGCGCGUCUCUUGGACACUUCGACGGCAUCGCCCAUGGAAGCGGCUGCGUUGACAACGACGAUUAUCGCAAUUAGAGGCAUGACUUGCGGGUCCUGUACUGCAGCGAUUGAAUCACAACUCACACCAUCCCUCAUUCCAGGCCUCAAGACAUUCAGCGUAAGCUUGAUCAGUGAACGUGCAAGCGCGACCCACGACGCAUCACUCCUCUCCGCUGAAGCGUUGGCAGAACGUAUUGAAGAUUGUGGAUUCGAUGCAACGAUUGUCUCUUCUAUUCAAGCAUUCGCAGAAACGGUUGGUGGCAUUAAAGCAGAAGAAACGACAGUCUUUCGAAUCUAUGGUAUGACAUGUGCGUCGUGUGUCAAUAAAGUCGAGCAAGGACUUUUACGCAUCCCCGGUGUUUCUCAAGCAGCUGUCAAUUUACAACUAGAAGAGGCAAAAAUCACGUUCAUGCCUGAUCAAGUCGGUUUGCGUGAUUUGGUCGAUGGCAUUGCUGCAUUGGGUUUCGAUGCGCUCUUGGCAGAUCGUACAGAUGAUGGUGCACAACUUGAAAGUCUUGCACGAACGCGAGAAACGCGUGAAUGGCGACGCCAUUGGAUACAAUGCUGUGCUGUAGCCGUGCCAUUGUUCCUCCUCAACAAAGUUUUCCCCUACUACACACCCUUGCGCAAGCUCCUGGACAUGCGCGUCUUUAUACCCGGACUGCAUCUCGUGGAUGUCGUUAGCUUACUGCUGACUGUAGUCCUACUUUUUGGUGCAGCAAGACGAUUCUACCAAUCUGCUUACAAGAGUCUCAAACAUGGCUCAGCGACGAUGGAUGUUCUCAUUGUCCUUGGUGUCUCUGCUUCCGUCGCAUUUUCAAUCUUAUCUAUGUUGGUGUCAAUGGUCACUUCAUUCAAGGGACAUACCGCCACUUUCUUUGAUACAGCGGGCAUGUUGCUGACGUUUGUCUCUUUUGGAAGGUAUCUCGAGAAUAAGGCUAAAGGUGCUACUUCGACAGCACUCUCACGACUCAUGUCCCUUGCUCCUUCAUCAGCAACCAUUUAUGUCGGUAAAGAUGGCGAGAAGCAAGCAGCAGAACGCAUCGUUGCGACUGAACUCAUCCAGAUUGGAGACAUUGUUUUGCUUCGACCAGGUAGUAAAGUCCCCGCAGAUGGUGUCGUGGUUGCAGGCGAGUCGUUUGUCGAUGAAUCCAUGGUCACGGGAGAAGUUGAACCAUUACACAAACAAGCCGGGUCUCUGGUGGUUGCUGGAACCGUCAAUGGUCAUGGAAGUAUUGACUUUCGUGUUCAACGAGUUGGUAAGGACACGCAGCUCUCACAAAUUGUGCAGUUGGUACAGGAUGCACAGACGAGUAAAGCGCCUAUCCAACGCUUCUCAGACCAAGUCGCCGGGUAUUUCGUACCUUGUGUGAUAUUCUUGGGACUCUUGACAUUCAUGGCGUGGAUGGUACUCAGUCAUGUCCUUGCGUCGCCGCCUGCUAUCUUUUUGAAUGCAGGACCUGGUGGCAAGGUGAUGACGUGUUUGAAAUUGUGCAUCUCUGUUAUUGUCGUUGCUUGUCCCUGUGCAUUGGGUCUAGCAACGCCUACAGCCGUCAUGGUUGGUACGGGAAUGGCAGCAUCUCAGGGUGUCCUCAUCAAAGGCGGUGCAGUCCUUGAACGUGCCACACAAGUCACGCGUGUGGUGUUUGACAAGACGGGGACCUUGACAUUAGGACAAAUGACUGUUCAGCGAUCUUGGAUGACGAGCACUUGGCAAGACCGAGUGAAAUUAUGGUGGACACUGGUCGCUGCUACGGAACAGCCUUCUGAACAUCCAACUGGACAUGCUCUUGUGCGGCAUGCAAAAGAUGUAUUGAAUUUGGCUGUGCAUGAAAUGAUCUCAGCAGCAACAACGGGCUUCGAAGUAGUCUCUGGACGUGGUGUCCAGUGUACUGUUCAGGUGGAAGGGACAUCCUACGAAGUCGUCAUUGGCAAUGCUCUGCACCUUGAGUCACACGGGUCGACACCUGAACAGAAUGAUCAGUUGGCAAAGAGCGUCCAAGAUGGUCAAACGUGUGUCUUUGUCGCCAUCAACGGCCUCUAUGCUGGAUUCUUGGGCUUAUCUGAUCAAAUCAAGCAAGAUGCAGCAGCAACUGUCAUGGCACUCAAGCGAAUGGGCAAGCAAGUCUCAAUGGUGACAGGCGAUCAAUUAGCAAGUGCUCAGCGCGUUGCAAAGGAAGUCGGCAUCUCGUCUGAUCAAGUCUGGGCAGGAAUUGUUCCGGGUGGUAAGCAAGAACUCAUUCGAGCAAUGCAAGCAGAGGGAUGUGUCGUCGCUAUGGUGGGUGAUGGCAUCAAUGACUCGCCUGCACUCGCCACGGCUGAUAUUGGCAUUGCAGUGGGUAGUGGCACGGAUGUUGCUAUUGAAGCUGCGGAUAUGGUGCUUAUGCGACGUGGUGCCAUUUUGGAUGUUCCUGUGGCCUUGUUGCUGUCGAGUGCCAUCUUUGGCAGAAUUAAACUCAACUUGCUCUGGGCGUGCAUCUACAACCUCAUUGCGAUCCCCUUUGCGAUGGGUUUCUUCUUGCCUAUGGGACUGCACUUGCAUCCCAUUGUGGCUGCUGGUGCCAUGGCCUUUUCGAGCGUCAGUGUUGUCUGUUCCAGUCUGCUGCUCAAGUACUGGCAAGCUCCACGCUGGCUUCGGGAGGUUGAAGAGGGCGGCAGUAUGCAGUUUGAGGGGGAUGGCACUGGCAAGAAAUUUGUGCUCUUUCGGCGCGUCAGGGCUCUAUUCUCACAGACUGGGUACUCGAGAGUGGAUGAUGAGGAGAUGCAGUCGAUGCCGAUGGUACGCUGAGUGCCUGCAUUGUCUACUGCUAGACGACUAGAUAUAUUCCGUAUGUAUGACUUUAUGACCUU